AUGAAGAUGAAAAGUAAAAUAACGUCAAAGAUUUCCCCCAACUGUCAGUCCCCGUUCCGUCAUACCGUCACAUUUUCAAGCCACAUUUCAUCCUCCAAAAUGGAAGUUUACAAAAAAAAUAGCCCUUUAUAAGCCACAAUGAUUUCCCCGUGUAUUCCGGAAGGCAGUGAGCUGUCGCAGCACUGACCCCCAGGCCUCACCCCCGCCCCCCUCACCCCGCCCCCGCAGCCCCCCGUCAUGGUGGACAGUGAUGAAAGCUUCACAGACCGCAGGAAACUCUUCAAGUCAGUGUGGAACUCUGGAACCGUUGCAGAAAGAAGGAAUAUCAUCAGGUGUACAUUUGAAUGAGAGCGACAAUACGUAUCGGUCAGUGACAUUUCGUUCAGGACGAUGCGGCUGGACACGUCUGGCGGCGGGCGGCGGCGGCGGGUGCGGCGCCUGCGCAGGACGAAGCGCGGCAUCGGUGCCAGCCGCUACCUCGGCAGCGUCAUACUUAAUCCGUAUUCCCGGACAGGCGUGAGGAAGAAGCGCCGUGGCACGGUGUACAGGCGGCGGCGCGCGAGCCGCGUGUCUCGCUACUACGCGUUGGCGGCGCGGGCUCCGUCCAAGCGGCGCCGCAGCGGGGGCCGCGCGCGCUCGCGCCGCCGGUCCGCCUCGCGCUCGGGCCCUGCGCGCCGCGUGCUGUCGCUGGCCGUGCGCAAGCGCCGCGCCCGCUCAACGCGCCGCCGCCGCGCGCCCUCCGCGCCCCGCGCCGCCUCCCGCCGCAACCGCACCCCCUCACGACCCAAUGUAACCGAAGCUGGCGAGAAGAUCAUAUACCCUAGAUCGUAUAACAAUAAUUAAUAACUCUGUGCAUAGUUAGCAAAUUAAAAUAUACGUGAAUUCAAUAUAAAUUAUAUUUGAAA